GCGCACAUGCGCGCCCUCCUAUUUCUUUGUAAAAUGCGUAUGGCGCACAUGAGCGGCCUAUGUAUAUGGUGAUUUCCAUAUACAUUUAAAAUUGACUCAGUUUCAGGAGAUCAAGGAAACUUUGUCCGCAUUUUAUUAAAGGUCACUUCUAUUCAUAGGUGGCGUCGCGGCUCGGUGAAUCAUGUGGUUAGGUUUGCAGAGCUAUUCAUAGGUGGCGUCGCAGAUCAGUUACUCACAUAGUUAGGUUUUCAAAGGUGUUGUCGUUUCAAACGGUUUAGUGUGAUUAUAAGUUUAAUUAUUUGUAUAAUAAUGGCUGAUUUAAAUAAAGCUGGACCUUCAGGCGUAAAAAGACGUAAGACCGUGAAAGUGAGAAAUGAAAAAAAUCUGAGUGUUGAGGAAUUGAUGCAGUUUUUAUAUAAUUCAGACUCAGAUGAAGAUUAUGAAGACUCUGAUGUAGAUAACUUUGAAAUUGAAAAUGUUUCGGAAGACUCUUCUGGAAGUGAUACUGAGGAUGAUGUACUACAGAACGAGUUAAAUAAUACCGUUGCAGAUAAUCCUGACGUACAGAUUACAGACAAUGAAUGGACCGAAACAACUAGCGGUAUGAAACAAAUUCCAUUUACAAAAAGAAGUGGAUUGUUAGUCGAUAGUCCUGGUGAUAGUGCGUACGAUUGGUUUAGGCUGUUGUUUGACGAUGAACUUUUAAAUAUGAUUGUCUUACAAACUAACAGUUAUGCAGUUGAAGUUCUUUCUACCAGCAAAGGAUGUGACCGUUCAAGGAUUUCCCUAUGGAAGGAAUUAACAAUAUCGGAAUUGCUAAUAUUUAUUGGAUUAACCUUCCAUACAGGAACAAUCCAAUUGCCUAGCAUACAAGACUACUGGAAGAAAAAUAGAUUAUUUUCGACUUGUUUUUCUUCAUACAUGAGUAGAGACCGCUAUUUGCUUAUAAUGCGAUGCCUUCAUUUUGCCGAAAAUGUAAAAGAAAAUGAACCAGUUCCAGUAGAUCGACUAUAUAAGGUAUUAAACACUUGUACAGAAUUAAAUAGGGAAAGCAGGGAAGAAAGUAACGUAUCAGUAGUUUCCGAUGCCCCUGCAGCAACAUCACAAAAUCCUGAAUCUGAGGACCUCGAAACAGAAACCACUCCUUUAAGUGAUAUUUCUGUACAUGAGCCGCAGCAAGGGCCUUCAAAUAUUAAUCGGGUGUCUACAGUUGCCAUUGCAGAUCUAUAUACUCCAACCGACAAGCAGAAUCAGACAUGGUCAGACAACCCCAACUCCUCUCAAACAAGCAUUGCAUUGGCCUGA